AUGUCCUUCCCUCAAGACCCUCGGCGCCGCCGGGGCGGAGCCGGCACAGGGUUCAGCUCAACUGGCGGACGAACUGCCAUGGGAUACUGGCUCCCCCUGGCCUUGACUGCUGGAAUUGCAACUAUUAGCAUUGCAGCUUGGAUUUGGAGUGAACGAAAUGACGACGAAGACGAAGACGACCGGCCCCACGGAGAUGGCCGCCCUUACCCGCCUCCUGUUGGACCUGGUAGUGACUACCCCCCACCUUCCUAUGCUACCGGAGAUUAUGCCCGAAGCGCAGGAGCAGAAGCUCUGCCUGGAGAUGCUUCCUAUGAUCAUAGUAUGAUGGCUCGCAUGCAAGGUGCUUUGCGCCGCACGCCUAGCCCUCAACAGAUCUUCGACGGCGCUAGCAAAAGAGUUGUGGCGGGUGUCACUGCCGCAGGAGCCUUUGUCGGUGGCGCUCUUACGUCAAUUCGUGAGGAUAACAAAGGUGAAGGCGACUUCGAGGACCACUCCAGAUGGUCGGAGGAGGCUCAAACCAGAGCUCACGAGAGAAGCCAACAAAGCGCCAUUACUCCGACUAUGAGUGGUGGAUUGCCGAGCCGCCCAGCAAAUACCGGCAGAAAGGACAAGAAGGUAGUCGCAAUUGUUGUCUCCUCGGUUUCAUCGGCUGAUUCCGACGAAUUCUCUUCUGAACAUGCGUCCAUUCUAUCCCACCUCCCUGAACAUGUUGACCUGGAAACCUCCAGAAUCUUCGUGUUGAUCUAUGCCCCGGAAUUGAAACACGCCAUCAAAUCUCCCACUACCCCUUCUAUGGCUUCGUCUUAUUCGAACAUUGGCACCGAAGAAGGAGCCUCUGUCGCGGAACUGGCCUCUGGGGACUUGACUGCGGUCGAGCCCCGCCAGGAGGACGAAUUGGAGGGCACAUCUCGUCUCUUCAAGACGUUAUAUACGCAGGCACAAGCGCUUGUUGAAAAAGACAGCAUGAUCAUGCCUUUCAGUACCCCAAGUGGCUAUGUGCACCUCGCCCGCCACCUAUUCCCAGAACUUGUUUAUGUCCAAGAGUCUUUGACUGGCGACCAGGGCGAACCCGCUGUCCAUAUCUCUAAUUGGGUCCGCCAGCUUAUCGUCGUGGUCGGAGACGAGGGUGGUCGUGGCGGGCUCAUCGACAGUGAUGACGAGUCAGCACUUGGCGAAAAGGAAGAGAAGUGGUGGAAAAAGGAGGGCGUCACAGGACUCGGCAAGCGUAUUGACGUGGUUGACGUUGUCCGAGUUGGAGAUGACUGGCGACGACGAGUGCGUGGCCUGGACUAG